UGGCUGUCAAGUUUCACUUCCGGAGCGAACAAAAUAAAAUCCAAAAAAGAAAACCCUGCGAGUGGCGAGUGUUUAAGAUCACACUCAAAAACAACAUCAGAAGUGGUAGUGGCAGUUGAGAGUGAACGCCACCGACUGCGACCGAGCGCAGCAGACACCCCGAAGAACAGCAGGGAAACGGACAAUUUGUUGCGGCACUCGCAUCCACACAACAACACCAGCAGCAGCAACAACAACGGCCUUUUGCUUUUCCCGCUUUUCGUUUUUAACCAACAACUGAGAGUGAGCGAUGGCCGAUGCUGAGAAUAAGCCGCUGGCCGCUGAACAGCAACAGCAGCAGCCGGAGCAGCAGCAGCAGCAGAGUCUGCCGGAGGAUCUGGAGCAUGAGCCGCAGGACGAGCAGCAGCUGCAGGGACAGCAGGGCAAGCCCGCUCCGCCGCCGAAGGAAGUCAUCGCCACCAAAGUCACCGGCACCGUCAAGUGGUUCAACGUGAAGAGCGGCUAUGGCUUCAUCAAUCGCAACGACACCAAAGAGGACGUCUUCGUGCACCAGAGUGCUAUUGCCCGUAACAAUCCGAAGAAGGCAGUCCGCUCGGUGGGCGAUGGUGAGGUCGUUGAGUUCGACGUAGUCAUUGGCGAGAAGGGCAAUGAGGCAGCCAAUGUGACCGGACCAUCGGGCGAGCCGGUGAGGGGCAGUCAGUUCGCUGCGGACAAGCGACGAAACUUCCGCCCCUGGAUGAAGAAGAACCGCCGCAAGGAGCCCGGCCAGGGAGACGAAGGCGACGAGCUGGCGUCGCCGGUCCAACAGCAGCAGCAACAGCCGCCGUCCGUUGACGGGCAGCCGCAGCAGCUGCAGUCUGGCCCGCGCCAACCACGCCAGAACUUCCGUCGCGGCCCGCCCGGCGGUGGACCCCCGGGUGGACCACCACGCGGUGGACCCCGAGGUCCGGGUGGCCCGGGUGGUCCUCCCGGUGGCCCACGCCGCUACAACAACUACUAUCCGCGCCAACCACGACGCGGCCUGGGCGGCGGUGAUGGCAGCAGUGCCGAACCCGGACUGGAUCAGAAUCAGGAAGGCCUGCAGCGGGGUGAAGGACAAGGACCGCGUCGGGGUGGCGGACCACCGGGUGGACCCCAGAGGCGCUUCUUCCGGCGCAAUUACAAUAAUGGACCACCGCCACCACGUCGCGAUGGCGGCGAAUAUAUUCAAGGCCAGCAGGGACCACCACGCCCUCAACAGCCACGUCCACGUCGCCAGAAUCGGAAACCGAAUGGCCCUGGCGGUGGUUUGGAACAGCAGCCGCCACAGCAGAAUGGCGCUCAAGAACUGCAAAAUACAACCACAGAGAGCACUGCUUAGGAUGGACCCAGUCGCACCGCCCGAAAUAUCAGCAGUAGCAGCAGCAUCAGAAGCGCAGCAUUCGCAACAUCAUCAAUAACAAUAAACAACAACCGCUGCAAUUUAGAAGAUGAGCAACCAAUACCAUCAGAGUUAGCUUAAAUGGGCCACCGCGUCUUUUUUUCGGUUUGUUUAUGCUUUUUGUCUUGUUUCAUAGGGUGAAAUGAAUGCAACAUCCAACAACACAGCUGUCACUUGGAAAUGUCGUAUCAAAUUCUAAACCAAUUCUAUCAUGUCUGUCGAAUUUUAUUAUAUAUGAAACACAACAGCGAUAAAAAAAUAAUAAUAAAUUUAAAUACGCCUUGGUCUUGAUAAUUAACUUAUAAUCAGCUCUCAGUCCAAAUUUAACUUAUUGUUUAUUUAAAAAUUAAUUUAUUUUGGAUAUCCUCGAACGUUGUUGUAGCGUUGUAACUCUAAGUUUCUCGUAUUAAAGAUAUGAUUAAAAAUGUAUAUCCACACACAAACCACAUCUUUUCCCAUUUAUACAUCAAUUUCAUCCGAAAGAAAGAAAGAAAACUACCAGAACAGGCGACUUAAUGUAUCAAGCAUCAAAGCAAAGCAGAAAAAAAACCACAACAAGAAUGAUGAAGAAAUGUAAUUCACAGCAAACAAACAAAAAAAAAC